GAUCAAUAUUUGCACUGCUUUCGUACUGAUCUGCAGUGGACCUACUUCGUCCUGUUUGCUCAUUUCAAACAUCAUACCAGCUAGGCUUCAAUGUCUUCGACUACUCGAGGAACCAUCAGGAUCUUCAACUCGAUAGACAAUAGCCUCGAAUUCGCAAAUUCGUAACCGCACAUCCGCCACCACGACCCCGGCUCAUACCUAUAAGUAUUAUCAGCACGGGACACUUAAUUCUGCCCUUUGCGUUCGCUGGCCAGGGACUGACAUGGACACCUCGAGGACUCUUGCUACGCAAUGUGCCAAAAUAAUCUACUAUCUUCACCGAUUUCAAUGGGUUUUUACCCGUGAUUAGAGAGCACUGGACUCUUCCUGCCGAUUUUUUCGGCGACCUGAGUCGAAUUGUUGUGCAUGAUCCAGGUGUACUGGAUGCUCCCUUGUACCUGCUCGCUUGCGUCGUCGUAAUAAGGCUGGGCUAAGCUUGAUGUUUCAACGUUCGCCUUGGAUUAUGAACUCACGAGUCGCUGUUCUCCGCACAUUUGUGAUUCUGGUGCCAGGGACCGACUCCAGCAUGAAUUGAAUGCUGAAGCGCUGAGAUCUGAGACCCGGGUCUGCGGUAACUUGACAUCGGAUGCAAGGGAUACUACUCGACCUCGGUAUUCAUCCUGACUUUUUCCCUUCGCAUUCCCCCCCCUCUGUUCUUCAUUCGCCGGAUGACUUGACCGACAGUUCCUCACCUUCAUAGACAUUUUUUUUCGCCCCUCCGCUGCACAUUUGAAAGCAAUAUCACUCGAAACGGGUUUCUAGUCGACCGCCGAUGAACUAGGCGCCGGUACCCGAACCUCGAAGUUGGCUUACCAAGCCCCUAACGCAUACAAAUCCCCAUGGUCAUGACUCCAAUAUAGCGAGGCGCGAGUCGUGCCUGAUCUAUCUGCUGUACGCUUAAGCCUUCAAGCUCCAAGAUCCGCUCAAAAGGCCAACAUGUCCAACGAUUUUCAAGAGGAAGACAUCCCGCCUACGGGAAGGGACUCGUUCCCAUGUUUUCGUAGCGGACUGAACAACCCAAUUAGCCGCAGAUUCAAGUUGGCCAUAUCGUGAAAUAGCGAAACCUGGAAGGUCCGGUGCUCCAGGGAGAAGAUGAUGCACAGUCCUGCCAUGUUUUUUGGGGUUCAUCCUCACAUUUAGGGUGUUUUACAGGUCGUGCUGACUGUGUUGUACAUAACAACACAAAAUUGUGGCCCUUAGUGCACCCACCGAUCGACGCCUGGAUUGAAUUUUAGAAUUAUGCGUUCUCCCGUCAGUUUCAAGCUGAAGGAAGGAAGUCGAUCAAAAUAUGUGCCGGGCACUUCUACUUACUCAACCCUGAAUGAACGUCAAGAUAUCUCUAAAUCUCUGAUCACAAGGCCGAAGGGGUCAAAUAUUGGCCCGCAUUGCGAAACGAGGACGACGUAGAAAAUUGGAGUUUGAAUUUCCUCACAAAUACUCUCGCAGGGAUAAAAUCGCUGCAAAGCAUGAAAUGUGGUGACCGCGUUACGUUCGUAAAAGCAUGCAUUGCGAGUAUUGGACGCCUGUUUGAGAAUGUUGGAGAGUGUUCUGGCCCCAUGGUGAAUCUCUUUUUCCUCCAACUCAAAUGAACCUUGAGAAGGGAGGUUAACUUAUCUUCACGUGCCAGCGGUGAAACGUGCACUCUCGAUAUCAGCACAUCGAGAGAAUUCUUCUCGCCUUCACGGCGGUCACUCCGGACUUCAAUGUCGCAGCUCACACCCACGCCGCCUCUGGCCCGUGGUCUGACGUGAACCCUUAGACCAGGUUGUGUUUUCUGCGCCACUGUAGGCUGACCACCCAGAAGAGGUUUUCAUUUCCGGGAAGCAGGUAUCUACCAUCGUGCAUACCAUGAGGAGCGUGCGCGACCUCGGAUAAUGAAUCUGGCUAGCUCGCCUUAUUGAGCGAUCUUAAGGGUCCGAAAAGUUAUAUGACAUUGCGCCCAGGUAUUAAUAUGCUUUCGACGUCGAUUUCCACAAGCAUAGUGGUCCUACCUCCUCUUCCUCCUCGCAUUCACUACUUGCAGUUUUUUACUGCCUAUGGCUCCAACGCCUAGCAUCAAACAAACUCGACACCAAAAUUGGUACAAGGUUCUCGGAGUCCGAAACGAUGCCAGCAAAGACGAUAUAAAAACAGCAUACAAGAAACUUGCACUUGUAUGGCAUCCAGAUCGUCAUGUAGACGAUAAAAAUCUAGCCAUAACCAAGUUCGCUGAGAUAAACAACGCAUACCGUGCUAUAAUGUUAGAAAGGCACAUUGCUUCAGUUAAAGCAAGAGAAGAAGCCAAUAACCCUCAAUCUUCCGAAACGCGGCCACCUUUAUUGUCGCGUCCUACAUUCAGUACAAUCAACUCUCGUCGUUCAUCAUCCUCAACCACGGUCGGAAGCUUUACUUCUUCUCGCCAAUCGAGUUUCGAAUCUGUCUCUACUCCCCCUUCCACACCCCGGUUCCUCUCGCGCACGGGAUCGAGAAAUGUCGACGGUGGUUUCAUGACCUAUUUCGACCGCCCGAUAACACUACCCAUCCGAACUUUUACGAUCACUCCUCCGGCGCAGUCGAUAGAUGUGACACUGUCGGAUUUGAUGCCUACCCCAAUCACACCGAUUACACCAACAACGCCUCGACUGGGCGAUGCCACAAUGUCACAAAUUCCCGAAAAUGUCUCUCAGGCUGAAAGUCCACAGAACGAAUCUAACGUACAAUCCGAUCUAGCUUCUUCCUCUCAAACACUCCAGCCUGUACAUGUCACAACCCCAAAGAUAUACCACCCCGCGAAACCCAAAGCUCCCCGUAAAAUUCGACGAGGACAAAAUUUCCCCGAGGGAUUACCUCACUUGGCAUCCCUCGGUGUCGGUACAUCUAAAGAAUGGAAAUAUUCUUUACUCCUGACUCUGGAGGAGUUGUUUUCUGGGAAAACAUGUCAUCUUCGUAUCGCUCGUUGCCUUCUCAACGGCAGCCAAGUCGACCUUGUUCUCGACGUACACGUCCCUGCGGGUAGUCUUCCUGGAACGAAGAUUCUAUUUCCUGGAGUUGGACACGAACGACCUGAUCGUAGUUUCCAAGACAUCAGCUUCGUAAUCCAACAACUUGCUCAUGACCGGUUCUCUCGCGUAGGAGAUGAUCUCGUCAUGGAUGCCCAACUACCUUGGAGCGACAAGGACGGAGUCAUAUGUUUUUCUGGGAUCGAUGGAAAUUCGGGAUCGAUUCAAAUCGACCGGCAGAACGAUAACAAGCGAAGUAAUGGAAGCACCAUUGUUUACGGUGCUGGAAUGCCCAAAGUCCACGGAAAUGAAGUUCUGUGUCGUGGCAAUCUAGUCAUUCGAUGGUCGAUUGGUCCUCCUCCUGCCUCGCUUUGGCGCUCGUUUACAAUGGCCUUACGCUUCAGAAAAUAG